AUGUCAACAGUCCCAGCGGGAGUCGAACCAUUACAGUGCAGCAUGCAAUCUCGACAUCCAAUGAGGAAAAAAAAUACUUUCGGCCGAUCUGAGGUCCCUUCCGAAGCCGGCUCCGCGUCCGGCCGGGCCGUCUUCUCGCACCAGACCGCAGCGUUCUCCGCUCGACGCGCCAGUCCGCGCCGCCUCGGAGACCUGGUCGGCCAGACACGGCGCACACGCGCCUCCGAUCACCGAGACCCUCCACCUCGUCUCUCCCGACAACCGAUGGUCCUGUCCCCCUUCGCACGCCCCACCGGCCCCACCGGCCCCGUCGGCCACAUCCGCUCGGAGGGCUUCGCUUGCGUCGGCCGAGCUGGCGACAGACGGGACUCAGCUUCAAGCCGACCAGCCCGAGAAUUGCCCCAACAGAACGCUUCAGUCGGCCUCCUUCAAAGCGGGCACCAGCAACACGCAUUCGUCGGGAAAUGUACGUUUUGCUGUGAAAUACAGAAGCCCAUUGCUACCGGUUUCUUUGCAAGUAAGUUGGACCAAGUUGACCCCAUUCGAGUCUACCAAAACGACCUGCCGGCGCCAGUCGAGGGUGGGCAGAAAUGGUACAAAGAUGAGGCUGCAGAUGUGGAAUUGAACUCCUCAAACCGACCUUGA